AUGAAGUCGUAUUGGCGACAAACACUUUUUGUGUCAAUUUUCGCUCUGUUCACAUCACUUUUUUGCAAAUUAUUGUGAGUUUUUGUUUGGUAACAAAUUAGUUUUAAAAAAUAAUGGGUUCGCCAAAUUAGAAAAAGUAAUGGGAUUUUUUUGAAACUGAACUUUGAGUAUUUGAAAAUCCGUAUUUUCAAAAAUACUAAUUAAAUUUAGCAAACAUCAUCCAUGAGAGCAGAGUUCAUAUUUUCACCAGAAAAAUUCUCAGAAAACAAUUUUAAUAUCUAAUGAGACAGGCUCAAUUUUUUUUUGAAAAGAAAAGAAAUUCAAACAUGACAUCAACCGAGUUUUUUUAAAAGAUUUUUGAAAUAGAAAAAAACUUGAAAAAAUUUGAAUCAAUUCGCGAAUUUCAAACUUGAAAAGGUUUACGAACUGCUGGAAAUUUUGAGGUAAUUGCGGUAGUAAUGCUAAAAAUUUCAAAAAAUCUAAUAUGAGCAAUGCCAAUGUUUGAUUAAAUUUUAUUUGGCACAUUUUUGCCAGUGAUAUUUGAAUGAAAAAAUACAAGAAAGUUUGUUCAUUUUUUUCAGAAAAUAGUGAAUUUGUGAAAAUUUAUUGUUGAGGUUUUGAGAAAUCCAAACUCAAAAAUUUCUUGUUCAGAGAAAGAAUUCUUACAUUUUUCAACCAAAAGUCAAGUCAAGACUAAAAACAAAUCAUGAAAACUCACAAAAUUAGAUUAAAAUCUGGAAGAGUAGUGAUUCAAACAAAAAAAUAUAACAUAAAAUUCAUACAUUCAUCAACCAAAAAUGUUGAGUCAAAAAAGAGAAAUACUGAAUUGAAUUUUUCAAAAUUUUUAAUUACUCUAACUCUUCAUCUAAAGUAGUGUGAACCAGAAAUGCAUUUGAAAAAUUUUUGCGCAAAAAAUAUAUGAUUCAAUUUUUAGACUGCAUUUCGACAUCAACAAGCGGCCAUAUAACCAUGUUCCGGGAGAAUGUGGGAUAAUUCCAAAUUUGUCAGGCGUCAAAGAUUUUGCCACUACAACAACAAUUGGUAAAUUAUUCAUGAUUGUGGUGAGAACUUUAAAAAUAACUCAACUUAACCUAACCUUUCAUAAAAAAACGUGAAUAUAUGAUUUUUUUUUCAUAUAUUUAUUCAGAAUCCAAUGCACGAAUAUUCAUCCGAACAUACACAUUUAUUCACAUUUGAUGCAGAUCAUAAAACAGCAAAAGAGAUAGACUUGGAUCAAAGGAACAGAAAUCUGUCGGCUCUUAGUUUAUUUGAGGUAACUAAUAAUUCAUGAGAUUCAUUGUUUUUUCUUCAAUUUGUGUGUAGAUCAUAUUUCAAUGAGAAAAAAUCGCGCACAAAUCUUUUUUGUUAUUCAAAAAAAAUUUCAGAAUUAUUUAUUUGCUUACGAUGAACUAUCAACAAAUGUUUUGGUUUAUACAAUAUCCGACAAAACUUCUAACAACACACUGAAAUUGAGAAAAACAUUCAAGAAUAGAGAAUUCAAAGGGUAAGUGAAAGUGAUCAUUGAAAAUUCUAUGCAAUAAAGAACAUUCUUAAUUUUCUCACAGACUGAUAGGCUUGGCAUCAAAAAACAAAUCUAGUUUUUAUUUCAUCAAACAUAAUUAUUAUGAUUUUGAGAUUAUUCGAAUUUUCAGCAGGUGAGUUGAAUCAACAGAUAUUUUGGGUAAAUCGUAAAAAACAUUAAUAUGGUCAAAAAUACUGUUGAUGGAGGCUUAAGGUUUGGUUGUCUUGUAGGGACUCUGAAUGAUAAUUAUGGUAAUCAUUUUUCCUACCUCGAAACCUACUCUAAGAUUCACCUGAUAUUCUGACUUGAAAAUUUUUUUAAAGGUUCUUCCCGUUCCCGAAAACUGGACAAAUUCUACUACAAGAAAACAAAAUAACAACUUUGAUUGAUGAAAUUGCUUAUCCAACCGAUGUGGUCUACGACGAUUUCAAAAAGUGAGAACUAAUAAAUUUCACACGGUCUAAAAAACGGAAGUUAUUUGUCUAGAAAAAAAGUGUUAUGUUGAAAAUUAAUCAGAUUUAAUUUUGUUCUAAGAAUCAGAAAAAAAAACACAAAGAUGUGCUGAAGUUCUUAGAAGAUGAUUAAUUCGAGUACGUUCUCACUCAAAAAUGACAUAGGACACUAUUACGAAUACGAAACAAAUAAACAUAUAUUUUUUUGCAGAAUCUUAUAUGUCGCCUCAUAUUCGCAAAAUAGUAUAAUAACAUAUGCAUCAGACAACAUAGAAAAGAAGGUACUUUUACUGAGAACAAAAAGAAAACAUAAAAUAUGAAUAAUGUUUUAGAAUACUUUCGAUAUUGGAUGUGCUCCAACAUCUUUAUGGUUGGAUAUUGAUGGAUCACUUUUAGUAACUUGUCAUCAAAUUCGAAUCAAAACUUUUGCUUCAUUUUUAAAUUCUCAAAUCAAAAAUCCUUCGAUGGUCAUAAGAAUUACUAUCGGCGGAAGUAAAGACGACGAUUUGUGAGUUCUACCCCAAAAACUAUACAUGAAAUAAGAAAUUAGAAAACUUUCAGAAAAAUCACACAAUACUACUCAAACGACGGAGCAACAAUUUCAGAAGCUCUUCAAACUGUGAGAGCUGGCCGAAACAUAUUAAUUUCAAAUUCAGAAUUCAUCCUAAACUGUGCUAUUUAAAAUAAAGAAUAAAGUAUGUGUAAUUUAAGAAGAAACGUGACUCCAUAAAAUGUGUCUUUGUUCUUUUUCCGGAAGUUUUUUUUUUGGAAAUUAGAAGACUUUCAAGAGCAAAAACUAGAGAAUUUUUGAAAAAAUAAAUAGAUUUUGCAUUGGGGAACACAUUCGUCAACAUGUAAUUUAUAUUCCAAAAAUACUAAUAACUCAAAAAAGUCAGGAACAAACAUCCAUGAUAUCUGAAUGUGAGGUAAAAAACCAAUUUCAAAUGGCGUCUUAUUUUUAUAGGUUAUCUUUGUACAAAACAUCAAACAACAAAAAAAAUCAUAUACAUUUCGAGUUGUUUAUUUCUUUUUUGGCCUUAUUGCACUUGAAGACUGGAUCAUGGAACAAAAAACAAAUUGUAAAAAGUUAUUUGAUUAAAAUCAGAAUACUACUUAAAAAACGAAUCGACUUAUGAAAAAAAAACCAGAAGAAUACCUUUUUUGCUACGAUUCACCCAAAAAAGCAGCAACCAAGUCUUCAACUUUUCAAAAAAUCAGAAAAUUUUUUUCAAUAUGGAAAUAUAAAAUAAUUGACAAAGUAGUUGCAUUUGUUUGCGAGAAAAACAAUUUAAAUUUAAACCUCACCUAUAUAUUUCUUGAAACAAUCAUCACUUAUGCCAACAACACAACUUUUCUGUAAAAAUGAAUUAUUAUUUCUCUUCAAUUUCUAAGUUUUUGUAUUUUCAAUACACUACACAAAAAAGAAGAGAGAAAAACAUUGAAGAAAGUAUAAGUAGCGCAAACGUGCUCUAAUGAUACAAACAGAGAAGGACACCAUAUUCGAACGGUCGUCAUUGUUUUAUUUUGUUGCGAUCACUCUUGUUGUGAUAUAUUAUUUUUGGUUUUUUUUAAUUUUUUAUAAAGGAGAGAUUUUUUCACCAAAAACGAUAAUUUCAGAUGGAUCCAGCAACUGUUAGCACAAUAUAUGCAAUAGUGCAAGGUUUAAUCGCUUCUGUUGGGAUAAUAAUCAACAUAUAUUUCAUGUAUAUUGGUGCCAAAUCAAAAACAAAGAUGAAGCAACUCUACACAUUGUUCAUGUGUUGUUAUUCAGCGCUUAUGAUCCUUCACUGCAUCACAAUUCUUGCAUCAUUUCCACAAUUUUUCUUCGAUACAAAUAAGGAAUCAAUCAUUUAUUCAUAUUUCACUUUUCGUUAUUCCAAGUUAAUGCUGGUUGUAUUUCUUCUCAUUUCGGAAGUGGUGAGUUUGAUUCAGAUAAAACAAAAUGGGUUUUUCAUUUUUCUAAAUAUUUGCAGCAAUUUGUCUAUUUCCUUUGGUUCUUCGCCGUUCGACAUCAAUCAUUUCAACUGAUUCCAAGAACUAAUGAUUGUGUCAAUUGGAUUGCAUUAUUUCUAGCUUUUAGUGGCUUUAUAUUGGCAGUUUUGUUUUAUUAUUUACCAUUUCUUGUUCACAAUUGGGAUCUUCCAUUCAAUUCAACCCAAACUCAUUUGUCGUUAGCUGAUACUGCUUAUUUGCGCUAUGAUGUAAGUUUCACAAAAAAACUACAGAACUGAAAUGAAUUUGAUUUCAUUCGUUGUUAUUUCAGAUUACGUAUCACAACAUCCAGUCUUUAUUUGCAUAUCCAAUGUUUCUAAGCAAAGCUAUCCUCAUUUUAUUCGUAAGUUACAAUUCAUAAUUCACAUUUCAUAAUAUAUUUUUAUUUAUUUUACAGUAUGUUUUAAUAGUUGCUUUCCACAUCUCAAUCCGCCGUGAAAUAGAAGAUUAUGUCGGGAGCACUUAUUCUAAAAAAAUUCAUAAAAACACAAUGUGUAAUUUAUUUAUUCAAGUAAGUUCUCAUCAUUUAUUUGAAAAAUUGAAAUACGUUUUUUUAGGUGACAGUUACCUUCGGUUUUUUGCUACCUUUUUACAUUUACGAAGUUGUUAUAACAAUAUGGCCAGAGAUCUAUUCAUACUCAACGGGACUCUUUUUCUACACACUUCAACCAGCCUAUGUGUUAAUUGUUCCGUUUUUUAACUGUGGAAUCAAAGAAUGGCUGUAAGUUUUGAUGGAUUUUAUUUUGAAAAUUUAGGUGAAGUUAAUUGUUUUUUUUUCAGCGACGCUGAACGCAUUCACAAAACCAGCGUAGCUGUUGCUCCAUAUCAAUCUCCAAACACUGAAGCAGUGUCAGAGUCUCGUUUCUGAUUAUGAUCGCAAUUAUCUUCUUCUUGUAUUUCGUCUUAUUUUUAUGAUUGGCUUCUUGUAUCUCAUUUUAAAUGAAUUAUUUCACCAGAAAAUAGUAUUUCACUAUUUUUUUUAUUUUUUACAGUCACAAAUGUUGUACUUUUCAUAUAUAUAUAUAUUUCAUUUUUCCUUGUGUCCGGUAUUUUUUUUCAUAAUUAUUGUUAAUUCCAGAUGAACCAAAUGGAUUUUGGUGGGAGUUGUGCGAUAUUUCAAGGAUUGAUUGCUUCUGCUGGACUUAUUCUCAAUGCAUAUUUCUUAUAUAUUGCCACCAAAUCAGUGACUAUGAGAGCUCAACUCUACACAACAUUCAUUUGUUUAUUCCAAGUGAUGAUGAUCAUUCACUGUAUCACAAUUCUCAUAUCAUUUCCACUAUUUUUCUUCGAUACAAAUAAGGAAUCAAUCAUUUAUUCGUAUUUCAGUGUUGGAUUGUUUUCCAAAAGAAUGUUGAUUAUCCAUCUGCUCUUCUCCGAAAUUGUGAGUUUUAUUCGAUCUCAAAUAUUGAAUGAUAUCUCACUCAUCCAAUUGUAUUUUUUCAGAAAUUCAUUCUCUACCCGUGUUUCUUCAUUGUUCGGUAUUGUUCGUUCCAAGUAAAUGCAAGAUCAGAUCCCAUUAUCAAUUUGGCUUCAAUAUUACUAGCUGUAUCCGGCUUUGCAUUUCUUGUGUGUUUUUAUUACGGACCGUAUAUCAUUUACAACGACAAUCUUCCAUUUAAUUCUACUCAAUAUUCUUUCUCAUUAGAUGAUUCACAGUAUAUACGAUAUGAUGUAAGUUCAAGUAGAAACCGAGUAUAUUUUCAAAAAUAUAAUUAUUUGUUAAUUCAGACUUCGUAUUACAACAUCGAUCUAAUUUAUGCACUUACAAUGUUUUUCAGUAGAUUAACACUUGUUUUGUUUGUGAGUUUGGAACAAUAUUUUUGUUUAAAAAUAUAUAUAUCAUUUUAUUUUACAGUAUAUGCUCAGUUUUUCUUUGCUCGUUUCAAUCAACCAUGAAAUUGGAAUUUAUAUUGGAAGUGCUCAUGCUCAAAAUUCUCAUAGAAACACAGUCAAAUAUAUUUUUUAUCAAGUACGUUUUGAAUACAUAUUUUGAAAAGGAACAAUAAUUUCUAGGUGACAAUCACAUUUGCCUGUUUGCUACCUUUUUAUACUUACGAAAUAGUCAUCUCUAUGGCGCCACAUUUAUAUUCACAUACAUUGGGACUCCUUUUCUAUUCACUUCGACCAAUCCACGUGGUUAUUGUUCCAUUCUUGAACUGUAAAAUCAAACAAUGGCGGUAGGUUUCUGUUUUUACGUCUGAAAAUUCGAACAAAACUUAUCAUUUUUCAGCGAAGCUCUUCGAAUUCACAACACCAGAAAUGCUGUUGCUCAACUCCACCUCCAAAAUCAUACUCGGAACCCUACAACUGAGACUCGUUUCUGA